AUGUCCUCUUGGACUUCGAUCACGCAAAAGGAGCCGGCCGUGACGUACGACAUGGAGAGUCAAUCUCCAGUCUCCAAGAGUCAGGGCGGCAUUGCCCAGUUGAUGGCGGUCCAAGAUGGCGAGGCAGUCCACAAGGACAGCGGCCGAAACCCAAAAUGGUAUCAACGGCUGCUUGAUGCCGGCGUCGAGGAGAAUGGAGUCCACCCAGUGCCUCUGGCGCAGCGGAUCAACACCAACUAUAGCAACCUCUUCACUGUUUUCUUCACCACUCUGCUUUGCUUGCUGCCGAUUCCAACGGGUGCGCUGGCCACUGCACAGCUCGGGCUGAGUUUGAGGGAUGCUUCGCUGGUGAUCCUCUUCUUCGCAGUGCUGACAACUGUGCCUCCGGCAUUCAUGGGCGUUGCUGGCUCCUACACUGGACUGAGGCAGCUCGUCCAGGCCAGAUAUUCCUUUGGGUAUUACCUCGUUUCCGUCCCUCUCCUCCUGAACGCCGCUACCGUAACCGGCUUUGCCCUCUCCUCCUCGAUUGUUGGGGGCCAGACUCUCGCAGCUGUCAACCCAGGCCAUAUCGAUGUGAAAGUUGGCAUCGUCAUCGCAUGCCUCGUUAGUUUUGCUGCCUCUUUCAUCGGGUACCGCGCGCUUCACAUGUGGGAACGUUGGCAAUGGCUUCCCAAUCUCGUUGCGAUAGUGAUUGCGGUAGGCUGCGGCGGACAGCACUUGUGGAAGCAGGCCGAGGCGCCCCCUCCGACAGCAGCUCAGAUCCUCAACUAUGGAGGUAUCAUAGCGGGGUACUUUAUUACCUUCGGCGGGACAGCAUCAGACUUCACUGCGUAUCACGACCCCAACAAGACCACCAAGCUCAAGAUCUUUUCGUACAUCUAUCUCGGAAUCUUGACUCCGUCUGUUCCGCUUCUUAUUCUGGGCGCAGCAAUUGGGGGUGCACUCAACAGCGUUCCUGAGUGGAAGUCAGGAUGGGACACAUAUGGCAUUGGGGGCGUCAUGGCUGCCAUGUUGGCCCCCUCCGGUGGCUUCGGCAAGUUUGUGCUCGUGGUCCUUGCGUUGAGUGUAAUCGGCAACAUUGCGGCUUCUAUGUACUCGGUCGCUCUCUGCAUGCAGCUGAUGCUCCCGAUCUUUACCAAGGUCCCUCGAAUCGUUUUUGUCGUCGUCGCAUUAGGCAUCAUGAUACCAAUGGCUAUCCGCGCAGCCGAGACAUGGGCCGACUCACUUGAGAACUUUCUGGGGUUGAUCGGGUAUUGGGCCGGUUGCUUUGAUGCGGUCAUCAUCGAGGAGCUGGUUUUGUUUCGUCGGAUGGACUAUAGCUCGUACAAUCAUGCCGCCUGGAAUGUUGCCCGCAUGUUGCCUUCCGGUCUCGCCGCCAUCGGAGCAAGUGUAUUGAGCUUCGGGCUCACGAUACCAGGGAUGGACCAGGCGUGGUUCACAGGGCCGAUUGCAAGGACGACGGGAGAUAUUGGCUUUAUGUCCGCGUUCGUACUGACAGCGAUUUUCUAUGCUCCACUCAGAUGGUUGGAGAUCAGAAAGCGAGGGCACGUCUGA